CCACAACCCCAGCCCUACGUCAGUUCAUAAAUAACUGCCUGUUAUUUAUGUGCAAGAUUAUACUAAUCACUGUAGUGAGAGAACGUCUCCCAGGAAAAGUUCAAUUCUAAGUCUGGUUUACAAUGUACAUAAUAUGUUCACUUUAAGGGAGCGAAUAAUUAAGGGCAAUGUAGGUUGUACCUGGAUAAAGGUAAAGAAGGUUAUUACGGCAGGAAAAAGUUUAUAUUAGUAGUCCUUAAUUCUAAAUCAGUGUAAUUUUUAGAUCCAGACACAUUUUUGGACCACUGCAAAGUUUGUCCAUUUGCCACAGCGUGUUGGGUGUUAGGAAUUACACGAAAAGCAACUGAAAUAGGUCGUUCCCUGUAGCAGCUCUCUAGGCUGACGGGGCCAUUCCCUCAGAUCCUUCCUACUGCCACACCUUUGCUACAGCAGUUCCUUUGACCUACCGGGCCCUCCGCCUGCUUUUCAAACUCCGCCUCUACUCAGUUCAGAUGCCAUGUUUUCCCCUCCGGACUCCAGGCGACUUAACGCUUCAGCCGUCUAAUUUCACUAUUGCCUCACGCCUCGACCUGUUCUAAAUCUCAAGCUACUGUUUGUAUGUCCGUUACCCAUAGUGGGCUUUGGAGUUGGAGUUGGAUGUGGAAAGAUCAGCAUCGGUUACGCAGAGACUGCUGGCUGCGCGUCGGAUCCACUGCUCCUGGCGAACCGGGGAAACUUCGGCUUUCGGCUUUUCCGGUGUGUGGUUGCGCCCACACCGUCACGUGACAAGGGGACGCGCAGCGGCGGCGCCCGCAACCCGGCCGGGCGGCGCGCGACAGUAUUAGGCUAAUGAGCAAGGUGGUGAGAUCAUCGAGUGAGUCAGAGGUGCAGUUCUGGAGAACAGAAGAGGAUGACAUGACAGAAGGUGAUCUAGGAUAUGGCCUCGGAAGAAGACCUGGUGGAAUUUACGAAGUGGAAGUUUCACAUUUACUUACAUCUAGAAAAAGAUCAGAUGGAAAGAACUUUAGCCCUCCCCCAUUUCUAAGAAAGGGGAAAGAGAGAAGUGGAGCCAUUUUUCAGUAUUUCAAGCAAAAGAACUUGCAAGACACCUGCCUUCAAGGGUCCAGGAUUUCCAAUUAUAGACAACAAAGCAGCACUGGUUUUAAUUCAGAAUUGUCAAAUGAAGAUUUAAGGCAACGUCUUCAUGAAACUUUAGGGGAAGUAGAAAUUUUAAAAACUGAACUUGAGGCAUCUCAAAGACAACUUGAAGGUAAAGAGGAAGCAUUGAAAAUUCUUCAAAGCAUGGCAGUAUUUGGCAAAGCCACAAGUCAUACCCAGGCAAUGCUUCAAAAAACAAUGGAGCAAAAGAAAUCCUUGGAGAAGGAAAUAAAUGCCUUGCAGUGGGAAAUAGAAUUUGAUCAGAAUAGAUUUAAAAAUAUAGAGGAAUCUUGGAUCCAAAAAUAUGAAAGACUAAACUGUGAAAAUGCAGUUCUCAAAGAGAAUCUGAAACUGAAAACAGAAGAAAUUAAAAUGCUAAAGUCUGAACAAGCAAUUUUGAAUAAACAAUACUUGGAGGCCCUCGCCAUACUUGAUAUCAAACAGCAGAAGAUGGCUCAGGAAAACAUGUGCCGGGAUAAAAAUGACUUUACAGAGGUGUCAGGUCUUGAGCUUGCAAUCCUUGGAGCCUGCCUUUGUCAUGGUCCUGGAAGGAGCCCCUGUUCUUGUGCCAGAAUGGCAGCAUCCACUCAUAAACUGGUUCUUCAGCUCAAAAACGAGUUGGAACUUUUGCAGAAGAGUAAAGAAGAAGCUUACACAAUGGCAGAUGCAUUCAGAAUUGCAUUUGAGCAACAAUUAAUGAGAAAAAAUGACCAGGCACUAAGAUUGACACAAAUGGAUAAAAUGUGUAAAAAAGCAACGAAACAGAUAAAUUGGAAGCACCUUAAAGAGGAUGGAGAUUCAUCACAAAGGAGUAAGAAGACCUUAGGGCAGAAACUGUUGGGUAUGUUGCCUUCAGAAAACAGUUCUAAGAGAAAUGAAAACCAGGAUGAUCCUCAAGCAGUUUUUAGGAUGCUAAUAGAUCUGUUAAAUGAUAAAGAAGAAGCACUGGCUCAUCAAAGAAAAGUUAGUUACAUGCUUGCUCGGGCACUGGAAGAAAAAGACACUACCUCAAAAGAGAAUAAAAACAAAAAUCUGAUGAAAGAGAAUUUUCUACUCAAAAACCUCUGGCCUAAAACAUCAGAAUUCUCUCUUUUACAUGAUCCUGUACAUUCAAGUGUCCAAAUUAUUAAUUCUGUGGGCUGCAUUUGUUCAAUUCAGCAACCUCAACUAGAUCCAAAUAACACAAGAACUCUUAAGAGAGCCCAUUCUUUACCAUCAGGUAUUCCUUGAAGAUGAACCCGUUGGAAUUAGAACUGAGAGAUUUCCAAAUCAAGAGACUUGGAGGCUGGGGAUGUAGUUCAGUGGUAGAGUACUUGCCUGCCAUGUUCAUGACCUUGGGUUCAAUCCCUAACACCACAAAAAAAGGCUCUGAAAGAGAAUUGUAUACAUGUUUCUACAUUUUGAGCAAUAAAUUGUGUUUUCAAUGUUAA